AUGCUGCCACCACCAUCCACUCAAAGUAGUAGUUAUUGUUCUAGUGAUACUACUACCAUGAAUAUAAGUAGUAGCCUAAGCCGAGGGGGAAAGAAAUGGAGGCAAAUGACUGAAAAUUGGAGAAAAGACACUCGAGCAAAUGAUGUUGUGAUAUUGGAGCAUGAGAUUGAUAGGUACAUCACCGACCCUGUUGAAGAUGUGGUUGACGAAGUCGAUGUUUUGAAGUGGUGGAAAUUGAAUCGGGUUAAGUAUCCAAGGUUUGUACUUAUUGCAAAGGAUGUGCUUGCCAUCCCAGUAUCAACGGUGACUUUGGAAUCAUGCUUUAGCACGGGUGGUUGGGCAGUUAAUUCAUUUCGUGCUUCUUUGACUCAUAAGAUUGUGGAGGCCUUAAUUUGCUCUCAAAAUUGGUUAAGGUCGGAUGACAUAUCCUCUUUACAAUAUGAGCCAACAAUUCAAGAGAUGGAAUUCUAUGAAUUGAUUGAAUUAGGUAUGUCUUUGUAA